AUGCCACCCAAAAAGCGCAACUCGACGGUCGCGAACGUCGACGCGACAGGUACCCCGUCCAAACGUACGCGCAAAACAUCUGGCUCAGAGACCGCGGCAGCUUCACGGCCCAAGCGAUUUCCACAGUUGCCACCGCGCGCAGCAAAGACCAAAGCCGCUGCCCCUGCGCCCAAGCCAUCGCCUACGAAACGCGCUGUUGCCAGCAAAGCUCAAACUCAAGCUCAAGAGACACCCCGGAAGAGAGGCCGUCCAGCUGGGACAGCCGCGACAGCCGUCAAGAAAGGUAAACUAGCCAAACCCUCCGCGCCUGCCAAAAAGUCUGCCACUGUCAAACCCCAAACAAAAUCAUCCAUCGUCAAAACCAAGACAACAUCUGCAGGUAAGCCUGGUAAACGACGUGGUAGACCACCCAAAUCUGCCGAGUCGACUUCCACCGAAGUCGCCGGUAAGAAGAGGAAGCGUGCUACCAAGCAGCUGCAAGAUGUCCCGCAAAAGUCGACCGGAAAGCUUGCCAAAAGCCAAAAGGUCACCAGAGCACCUCGCACACCCGCAUUUUUGAAAGAGAAAGAGCCCGACCUAACUAUUGAGGUGGCUGAAGAGGAUGCGUUCGGACCCGACAGCAAGUCAUACUGGCUUAUGAAAGCGGAACCGGAAUCGCGAAUCGUCAAGGGUGUAGAUGUCAAGUUUUCGAUUGAUGACCUACAAGCGGCCACGGAGCCAGAGCCAUGGGAUGGUGUUCGCAACCCUGUUGCUCGAAACAAUAUGCGCGCUAUGAAGCAGGGCGACUACGCGUUUUUUUACCACUCGAGUUGCAAGGUUCCCGGUAUUGUGGGACAGAUGGAAAUUGUCAAGGAACAUUCCGUAGAUGAAUCCGCCUUCGACCCCGCACAUCCAUACUACGACGAGAAAUCUAGUCGCGAGAAUCCAAAGUGGGAGUGCGUGCAUGUCGAGUUCCGGCGCAAGUUUGAACAUCCCGUUACAUUAGAGACCCUCAAAUCAUAUGCUCUUUCGGGCCAAGCACUAGAGAACAUGCAGACAUUGCGCCAGUCCCGCGUGAGCGUGUCGCGCGUGUCACCACAAGAAUGGAACUUUAUCAUGGGGUUGAUCGAUAAGCAAGAGGCAGACACGAAGAAAGCCGUUGCCAAAGCUGCCGCUAAAGAGGCCAAGGCUGCUGCAAAGGAGGCUGCCGCUAAAGAGCAAGCUGAUACUGAGACGAAAGAUACUAAACCAGAGACUGAAGUCAAUGGUCUGGCAGAUGGAAAUACCGACGAGCCCACGACAGAAGAUGCUCCUGUUGUUGAAGAACCAGUUGCAAAGGCCACAUCUACCGCCCGUGAACCCUCAGCCCCGGCUCCAAUUGAACAGUCCUCCAAGCAGCCCGAAGAUGCUGUCGUCGAUCGCGAAAAGUCGACCGAAGGCGGCAUCAACGGCCAAAGUACAGCCGAGCGAAUUACCUCAGUGUUCUCCAGCGCUUUCCUCGCAAACUAA